AUGAGCACUGAGGUGAGUAUGAUCACCAUAGACUGUCAGAUGUCCUACGUGUCCUUUUUACACUGACUUUACUUUGGAGGUAACAUUCCUGACUUAUUUUAGCCUGAAGCAGAGACAACCAACUACUGUCCUCCGACCAUGCUGGACAGUGAGGACAGUGAUGAAGGUAAGAGCAUUACUUAAUAUAUAUAUAAAAUAAAACUAAAUCGGCCAGUAAGAAGUCAGAGUUUAAACAGAGAUGUGUCUUUACAACAGAAUCCAGCCAAGAGGAGCCGCCAGUCAUCUGCUGGAAUGAAUUGUCAAUCAUAGAGCGUGUUGGCCUGAAUGGGUAUCAUAGUUUAAUAUUCUACUAUCAACCACACAGGCUCUCACUGUAUGGUUAUAUGACAGGAUUUAAUGUGACUGUAAUGAUCCUUUCAACUGUCUUGUUUUCUGACAGCACAGAGAUGUCAGAGAAAGAUUUGGAGGUAAGGUCACCCUCUCUUCUUCCUCCUGUAAUAUCCCUAAAAUAUGGAUUAACUUUUGCAUAUUCCAAAAGCAGAAAUUCGUGUCACUUAAUACUUCCAUGAAUAUUUUCCACCUUACACACUUAAAGCACCUAUGAGGAGUUUUUUGAUGAUUAUGAAAUAGGCUGAAAUUAAUUUUAUUGCCUUUGUAUGACAUAUAAAAGCUGACACAACCAUCAGCAACAAUUUUCGAUGCCUGUGAGGGAGUUAGGUGUCAGCCAAGCAGCUGAAAAAAGACAGCCCUCUUUUUACAGAAUCAGUGUCAGGAUAAGAUUAGCAGGAUCAGACGAUUGUUGUCAGAUGAUACUAUUCUGGCGUAAAAAUAAGUUAAGGUCAAACACACCAUAACACUAAGUUAGACGCCCCCCCAGGGAGAUUAAUUUUGCCGACCACUUGCUAGUAAUACACAGCAGUCUCAGCACCUACCUUCAUCAACAGUACAUAUAGGCACAGCUCAAGGAAGAACAUUUAUGAUCAUUACUUUAUGGAAAUGCAACCAGACUGAGAUACUAAGGCAGAAUAACCACUGCAUCUGCAGUGCAAAAUGAUUAUUAUGAUGAUUAUUACUACAAGGAAAUGAUAAAGAAUUUUGCGCCAGAAUAUCCCUUUAAGCAUGCAUCAAGUUAAGCAGGACUGCUUUCUCCACAUGGGGUGCCAAAUAGACACAAACCGAAAGUUCCUCACAGGGGCUUUUAGUGUUUUUUCUAAUAAGUGAAUGAUACAAAAUAAAGCUUUAUAAUAUAAAUCAGAUGCAAGUGUGCAUUAAGUGUCACCUGUUUUGUUCUUGACUUGUUUUUGGUCUCUGCAGAGCACCUUUGCACAGAUUGCCCUGGCCUUCCAAUGUGAUCAGUACACCCUGAAGCAGAGGCUGCAGGCAGAGGAGCACGCACGCAAUCUGGCUGAGGAGAACAUCCAGCUGGAGCUGAACCGAGGCAGAGAGACCCUGGAGGUGCUGCAAAAGUGUUGAUAGAUCUGAACUAAGCCUUUAUAAGAUAGCAGGUUCCCAUCUAUGCUCAUGUGUGGGAAUCUUUUCUUUUUUUUUUCUUUUUUUCGCAGAUGCUGAAGGGCCUGUGUCUGGACAGCAAGCGCAGUAGGAUCCUGCAGAAGCUGGAGCUGUCUCUGGACAUUCUGGGUGGGACUGUGGAGAGGAUCUCCAACACGGCAGAGGUGCUGGGGGCCGUGCACCAGGUACGCUUCGACUCAUUCAUGUGUCUCGGUUUAAAAUAACACAAGAUAUCUGGAAUGAGCAGAAAACUAUGGAAUAGAAAAGUGUCUAACAGUGUCUGACAUCAGAUCCCUCAUAAAAACAGAGCAAUUGAAAACUUUUUUGGGCCUUUAAUAUUUUUCUAGACUGGAUGCCUAUAAGCGAUAAGAAUCACAGUCAGCUGGGGAGUUUAUCCAAUGAGUACAGGCAACAAAAUAAGACUCAUAAUGCCACAUCCUAUAAACUAUAUAAAAAACUGUUGUAUGAACCCCACUGUGCAUCUUAGAGAUCUGCUCUUGUUGAUUUAUGUGUGUUUGUACAUUUAAAGUUACUGAGAGCAUUUCUCGCACCCCCAUACCCCCCUCUAAGCUCCGUUCUCUUUAAGUGUCACAUAUUUUUGGAGUUAUUUAUGAUUCAAUAAUAGGAAUUCACUUAAUCAUGCUUCUUUCAUGAUGCUUGACUGUAGGAGGCUCGUGUGAGCCGGGCUGUCGAGCUCAUGGUGGCCCACGUAGAGAAUUUGAGGAGACAGUAUGACAGAAAUGUGGCAGAGCUGGAGGAAGCCAAGAGGACGAUUCAGCAGCAAAACUUCUGCAGAAACUCCAUAGAUCUCAGACCAUCGCCAGGUUCCUAAAACUUAACUUUUGUUGUGGUUUCUUCCUCAUUAUGUGCAUUUAUUGACUCACCACUGGAUGUUUUUUUGUAGAUCCAGAGGAAAGUGAGACCAGGAAGAAAUGCUUUCUGCAGGUAAUAACAUAGCUGGCAUAUUGCCCAGUCGAGGUUCAACUUCUUGUUUAUCACUUUAAUAUACUUUUUAAUUUCUUCCUUCCGUUAGACCAGCGGCAGGCGAAGGGUCAGUAUCUCUCUAAUUCCAACACAAAUCCCACAAAUCCAGGUAGGUACGUUUCUGACAGGAUUUACCACUUUCUUUUGAAAUGUUUUCACACCGAGACUUACAAAAAAGUGUCUCUACAGGAGAAAAUAAAACGAGGUUUGAGGAAGCAGGUGUCCCACGAUGGCUACCCCCACCCCAUGAAAUCCUCCCCCAACAGCAUGUCUUCAUCUCCGAGCUUAGAAUUUAACUACUGUUCAACAAUUAAGGACAACAUCUGCACAGUGGAAGACAGGUUAAAAUACAGACUAUUACUUUAAAUGCUGUCUCCUAGACUUACAGAAUCUCUACAAUUUCAUUUUUGUUUUUUGUUUUUCUUCAGGCCUCAGGAUCCGGAUGAAACUCCACCUGAACCUCCAGCUCCUCAACCUUCUCCACAACCCCCACCUUCACCCACACCUGAGCCAGAGUGCCUUCCCCCAAAACAGCCAGCCAGGAAGAUACAAAACAAAAGGUACAACUUAGAAACCAAAGUCAUGGACAUAAUCAUAAUAAUAAAUCAACAUGACAGAGGCUACAAACACACAUCCUUACUAUUCUGCUACAAAGAAGUAUAGCACAAAUUUGGUAUAGUUUCAUUCUGACAAAAAAAGCCCUUUUUCGGCGAUACCUUGACCCUGCAGGGUAUGAAAGUUCAGGUGUAGUGAGUAAUACUGAUCAAAAACUAAUGCUGUAGCUAUGAUUAUUCAUUUGUCACACCUGCACUAUUCCUGCUGUUAAAAAACAGUAUGAAAAGAAGAUGGUUAGAGCAGUUUAAUGGAACUUUCAAAAGGCCUGGUUUCGUAUGUGUUCCCAUGAAUGAUAAUGCAAAGACAACAUCAAUGCAUGUUUAAAUGUGUUGUUGUUUCAGUUCCCCUCUGGACACACUGCGGCAGAGACACAAGAACAAAUCUGCGCUGUCAAAGAAAAAGGCAGAAAAGGAUAAAAAGAGUGUGAAUAUUUACAGACGGCUUUCUGGGAGCACGUAAGUCAACAUGUGAUGUAAAAUCCGUCAGAUGACGCUCUUGAUUUUUUCCUCUGACUGACUGGCUGACUGCCUCCCACAGGUACAGCUCUCUUUCAAGACAACGCCCUCUGAUCCACUGGUUGUAUCGCUGUCGCUGGGCGCUCCUCUUCACCUACCUGUUUGUGCUCCUCUGUGUCAUAACAUUGACUUAUGUGCUGUUUGAAAUUUUGUGA